GUAGCUUUAGGAAAAGAAAAGCUUUAUUUCUGUCUGAUUUUCUCCCCUACUUGCGUGUGUGCAGUCUCUCCAGAAGGGCUGUGCUUCUCCCUCCUUCUCCCCUGCCUAUUUAUAUCCGCGGUGACGUUGCGGGAGUGUUUGCUUUGGAAGAAAUCUAUUUCUCCGUCUGGCUGAGCCAAACUGAAAGCAAACCCGCAGGAGGAGAAAGCAUUCCGAGCUGCAGGAGAAAGCAAAGCAUUCCUUUCUUCUCCUGCUGGGGAGAAGGGAGGCCUGGGGACUCGCAGGAAAUGAUCACCUGGCAAGGACAGGAAGCCUGGCAAGGAGCUUCCCGCGGGGCUGCCGAGCAGCCGGCAGAGGAGCUCUGAGGAAGCCCAGCGCGGGGGAAGUUGAAAGGCGAACUUUGAAGGCGAAGGAAGUCGGGGCUCCGCGCUCCGGGAGUGGCCGCGCCGCCGCCGUGUCCCCGUCCUGCUGCUGCCGGGAGCGGCUGCGGCUGCCAGAGGACAAGCCGCGUUUGCUGCUGCUCUCUGCAGCCUCAUUUCCAGCAGAGGAAGGAUGCCAACACGAAGAUGAAGUAGAGCGUUUCCUACGCUGGCCGCACGCCGCUGUCGGCUGGGCAGGGACGGGCUCUGCCUCUGGCCAAACCCAUUGCAGGGACAGCAAGAUGAAGCCAAGGAGGAGCUUCCCACCACGCUGGAGCCGCAGUGAGUGCUGCCCACUUUAAAAAGCCCAUGUGCCACCGUCCCCGGCGAGAUGAAAGAAGUGGUGCUGUGGUCACCCGAGGAGGUGACCGGCUGGCUGACGGACAAUGCCGUGCCGGAGUACUGUGAGCCCCUGAAGAACUUCACCGGGCGGGACCUCAUCAACCUGACGGAGGAGGAUUUCAAGAAAUCCCCUCUGUCCCGGGUGUCUUCCGACAGCGGGCAGCGGCUGCUGAACAUGAUCGAGGGGCUGAAGAUGGCUCACCACAUGGAGGCUCACAAGAACGGCCAUGCCAACGGGCACGUGCGCGCCGGCGACGCCCCGCGCCAGAACGGCUUCGGCGCCGCGCUCAAGCUCAAUGGGGGCAUCCCCAACGGGUUCAAGAAGGAGAUGAUCAAGAUCCCCAUGCCCGAGCCGGAGCGCUCGCAGUAUCCCAUGGAGUGGGGCAAGACUUUCCUGGCUUUUAUUUAUGCACUUUUUUGUUUCGUCUUCACCACGGUGACUAUCUCGGUGGUUCAUGAACGAGUGCCUCCCAAGGAGGUGCAGCCUCCCCUCCCAGAUGCAUUUUUUGAUCGCUUUGAUCGGGUGCAAUGGGCUUUUUCUAUUUGUGAAAUCAACGGCAUGAUCCUUGUAGGACUGUGGUUUGUUCAGUGGCUGCUCUUAAAAUACAAGUCUAUAAUUAGCAGAAGAUUUUUCUGUAUCGUUGGCACACUAUACCUGUACCGGUGUAUUACCAUGUAUGUGACUACACUCCCAGUACCUGGAAUGCAUUUCAAGUGUUCUCCAAAGCUCUUUGGAGACUGGGAAUCUCACCUGAGAAGGAUAAUGAAGUUGAUUGCUGGCGGAGGCUUGUCCAUCACGGGCUCCCACAACAUGUGUGGGGAUUACCUGUACAGCGGCCACACCGUCAUCCUCACCCUCACCUACCUGUUCAUCAAAGAGUAUUCCCCACGGCGACUCUGGUGGUACCACUGGCUCUGCUGGGCUCUCAGCAUGGUGGGGAUGUUCUGCAUCCUCCUUGCUCAUGACCACUACACUGUGGACGUGGUGGUGGCUUACUACAUCACUACAAGGCUAUUCUGGUGGUACCACACAAUGGCCAACCAGCAAGUGCUAAAAGAAGCUUCCCAAACGAACCUCCUUGCAAGGGUGUGGUGGUACAAGCCCUUCCAGUACUUUGAGAAGAAUGUGCAAGGCAUUGUACCUCGCUCGUACCACUGGCCCCUGCGGUGUCCGGCGCUGGCGCGGGGCCGGCAGGUCAAGUACAGCCGCCUGGCGAGUGACACCAGGUAACAGCAGUGUCACCCCGCAGGACCCGCCCCAAGUGCUCACACCUCCCAGAGAAGAUGCCAUAAACAAACACCCACCGCUCCCCGACCCCUUUCUUUAGCAGCUCCCCCCUGGACCUGACCUGUUCAGUUACCUGGUAAGCACUGUGAUCUUUUUUUCUCUCCAAAGGAUCUGCGUUGGACAACAAUAAAAGAGAAUUUAACUGAUCAUGCACUGUUAUACAUUUCUUGUUGGUAGAGUUGGGAUUUGCAUUUUGCCCAUCACCAUUGUUCCUUUGUAUAUGAUGCGACAACAUAGAUGAAAAAAGCUUUUAUAUCAUGAGUUCUGGUCUUUCCAGUCACGUCUGGGAACAAAGCAUAUUAUUUUCUUGGGAAAACAUACUUUUCAUAUCUCUUGCCCCAAAGAUUGGGCUGUAAGCCAUUUUCUAGCAAAUGACUAUAUGAAGGUUUCUAAAUAUCUGCCUUGGGUGAAAUCAAGAAAUCUUUCUACCUGUUGCACCUGCGCUACGAAUAAGAUGAUAGACACAGAAAGGUUUGGUAAAUCCUGAUUUUGUAGAUUCUGCAGUGACUGACUGUGUCAAAGAAGUGCAAAAAAAAAAAAAAAAAAAAAAAAAAAAAAAAAAAAAAAAAAA